CAAACGCACAGAGGCCUGGUCACAUACUCUAGUGCCCAGUCAAACUUUAUCCAGUUCACUAACCACAGCACCCACUGACAUGCACCAUGUAUCACUCUCGAUGGAAAUGACAGGGCAAGCCUAUCACGCCGCCCAAACGCCAGGUAUCUUAUAUGUGGAGGUCAGACUGAAAGACAGCGCGUCCCCUGGCUUCAGAGAAGAGGAGAUAAGAGCUGAAGUUGGAUCAUGGAUCCGUCGAAACCACACUGAAAUCAAAGUUGGCACAAGAGUGCAAUUGGGGCCACCAUUUGCAGAUGUGGUUGAUAGAGUGGACAUCACCGGACAUAGCAAGUCCAAGGAAUUUCCCGACGAAACCUUCUACGCGCUCGUUGAGAGCGACCUCGAAGUUCUAGUCUACUCCAUUCUUUCGAACGAUGACGGUCAAUCUCACGAUGGUGGUGACGAGGAUGAGGAUACGAACACCACGUCAUACCAUUUUGAUGCUUUAGAACUACCAAACCGAGCUUUCGACGGGUUGUGGGAGUCCUUGGUCUAUGAUGAGCCGAUAGGCGAACUCACCCUUCGCGCCCUCACACGCGCUAUACAAAAGGGAAGAAGCGAUCCAACAAUCUGGCGAACAGGCUUCUGGCAAAACACAGUUCUGUUCCACGGGCCACCAGGUUCAGGUAAGACGACAUUGGCUCAGGCAUUAGCACAGCGUCUCUCGAUCCGACUGUCAAAUGUUUUCUCGGUCACUAGACUACUACAAAUCAACGCGCAUAUGCUCUUCAGCCAUUUGUUUGGAGAUACAUCAAAGAGAAUCGGCAAAUUGUUCGAAUCAAUAUCCGAAAUGGCUUUGGACGUGUGCCAACUGACCAUCGUGGUGUUCGAUGAAGUGGAAACAGUCGCAGGCUCUCGCGAGAAAGCUACCCAGAAAAACGAGCCUGGAGAAUCUAUAAAGGCUACCAAUGAAAUUCUGCGUGGCCUGGACAAGUUUCGAAGGUACAGCAACGUAAUUUUCGUCUUUACGAGCAACCUUAUUGGCAGUCUAGACUCUGCCUUUGUUGACCGAUGCUGCCUUGAAGAAGAAAUCUGUGCUCCGGCCACAGAUUGUGUGUUCGACAUUCUCAGGAUGGAGAUCAAUGGAUCAAUAGAGCGUGGCUUCAUCGUUUCCGAAAGCAUGAUCUACGAAGGAUUUUCUGACCUGUCCGGCGAUAGCUUCUCUGACACAUCAUCCGCUUUCUCUCGACUCCCGGACGCAUCGCCUCAAUUGGGCUCCUCACACUGUCAGGAGGCAACCUUGAUUCCAAGCUGGCAAUGGGCAAGCAGUCAUUGGCCAUCGAGAGCAACCACUGCGGUAUCCGAGUUAUACAGAAUUGCGAUGUUGGCGAAAGGUCUGUCUGGACGGAAACUGAAGGGACUAGUUACGCAUGCCCGAUAUAAAUACUUGGUCGAUGAACCUGCAGAGCUACGCGCUGUCCUUGUCGCUCUCGAGGCAGUUGUUCGAAAGCAAACGCGGCAAAGGGGAGAGUUUAUGGAACAAGAAACCGCAAGUGAAUACUCGCAGACGAGCAGGGAGGAGUCCGUAGACAUGGCCAAGUUUCUGUCCGAUCUCGAGGCGGGCCGCAACGUGGACAGUAUGAGUGGCUGAGUACGGAUGUGCAUGCCGCGAGGAUUCCUGGAGGAUGCCAGGUGGGCCUACUUUCCAGCCUUUGGUGUUAGCCGUCUGCUGCUUCUCCUCGUGUAGGGAUAGCGUGCGUUGGGGUGUGACCUCGCGACAAGAAACGGGGAGACUAUGAGGCAGUCAAGCUAGUCAUUGAAAUCGUUUGGUUGCCUACCACCUGGCCUAUAGCCGCUUGUCUAGUCUAGUCUCACAUCGAUGCGGUUCUUGUCAAGCAAAGAUGUCAGACAAGUAUGUCGACACAUUCUUGGUGGAAACUCACGCAGAGCUGGCUACCACACAUGCGAGCGAAGGUGCUAGCGCAUCACUCCUUG